AUGUCUAGCGAGCAGCCCGGCUCGCCUUUAGACGACCAGGUUCCAGAGGAUGGGGCUACACCAGGAGUUCCUUCAGGCGACAAUGCCGUGAACGGCGAUGUAGCCAGCGACGAUGAAGACGACGUGCAAGGCGGAUCAAGACGACGACGAGGAGCCGCCGUUGAUGAUCAGGAAGAAGAGGCAGACGGUGAUGAUCUGUUCGGCGACGAGGAAGAAGAUGGCACUGAAGAGAAAGAGAAGCCCAACCGACAAUUAGAUGACGCAGAACUCGACUCGGGCGAUGAUGAAGGCCGAACAGACCGUGUGGCCGAGGAGGACGCUGUCCAAUUUGAGGAGCAGGAAAUGCUUACCAUGGACAUGCAAAUCCCGCGGCAACCAGUCCCAGAACCCAGUGAUGGAGAGAUGUACAUCCUCAAAGUACCACAAUUCAUGUCUAUAGAGCCCCAGGCCUGGCAGACAACGACCUUCCAGCCACCGACCACCGAACACCACUCGAAGAAACCCCCAUCCUCCACCUUCUCUGCCUACAACACCGCUCUCUCCACCGUCCGCUGGCGACAUUCUCCCUCCGAUCCUUCAGAACUCCAGUCGAACGCGCGGAUCAACAGGUGGUCAGACGGAUCGCUCACCCUUCAACUGGCCUCUGAUCCAAACACGCAGUACGAGAUUGAUGGUAACGCAUUGGCUCCGCCUCAGCGAAAUCCCAUCAAGCCAACUCCUAUCAGCGUAAAAGUAGGCGCUGGCAAGGGUGGGCGUCAAGGGGCAGUUGACGGCCAGUAUGAUUACAAAAAGGAUGCGUUCACAUACCUCAUUGUACCGGUGCAGGAGGCUGAAGCGCUGCGGGUGACCCACAAAGUCACAGCGGGUCUGCAAGUCAGACAGACCGAAUCGGGCGAAGACGAUGCUAUCGAGCAACUCCAGGCCGCACUUGCUAUGGCGGCCAAUGCAACCAAGGUUGGAGGAGCAACGGGCACACUUGAGGCAACUGAGUUCGAUCCUGAACUGCAGAGGAAGAACGCAGAGGAAGCAGAGCGACAGCAGAUGCGAGCUCGAAAGAAGGCAGAGAGUGCCCAGGAAAGGGAGCGGCUCAAGACAGACCGCGUCCUCGGCCGCUCAGGUUUGUCAUCUGGUCGCUAUGGCGGACUCAAUGUUGGAAUGCUGGAGGAUGACGAGAUGGAUGAGGGACGAGGAAGAGCAUCAGCCGGCAAACCUCGUGCAAAGGCUCGACGUCGGCGUAACAGCGAGUACAGCGAGGAUGAGGAUAUGGGUCGGAAGCGGUUCACUCGAGAAGACAGCUACGACGAGGAAGACGAGUUCAUUGCGGGCAGUGAUGAGGAGGAGAUUGUGGAGGAUGACGACGAUCCAGACGAUGGCAUUGUGGAGUCGCCGAGACAGAAGAGUCCAAAGAGAGACCGGCCACGGCCUACAGAGGGAGCAGAUGAGGACGAAGAUGCCGAUGGCGAGCCAGACGAUGAUGUGCCACAGGCGCGGACGAAGAGACGGCGGAUCGUCGAUGAUGAAGAUGAAGACGAAGACGAGUAG